AUGGGAACAAGCCAGAAGGAAAACGGGGCUGCUGUUGCAAGGCAAGUACUGCUUCUUUCCUUAUUGUCUUUGUGCUGCUGGGCUGCCUCAGAGCAGAUUCGUUAUUCAAUCCCCGAAGAGAUGGCAAAGGGUUCAGUUGUGGGGAAUCUCGCCAAGGAUUUGGGAUUGAAUGCCAGAGACCUAGGAAGGAGAAAUCUGCAUGCUGUUUCUAUGGCUAAAGUGCAAUAUUUCACUAUCAAUGCAGACAAUGGAAACCUCUGUGUAAAUGACAGAAUAGACAGGGAGGGAAUUUGUGGCAAAAAUCCACUCUGUUUCGUGAAUUUUGAGGCAGUGAUAGAAAACCCUUUGAAUGUUUUUCAUAUAACGAUAGCAAUCCAGGACAUUAAUGAUAACAGACCAUAUUUUUUAAAAAACAAUAUCAAUUUAGAAAUUAUUGAAUCUAGUUUGCCAGGCACCAAAUUUCUCCUUGGGAAAGCUGAAGAUCCUGACAUUGGGAUGAAUUCUCUCCAGAAUUACCAGCUCAGUCCCAAUCAACAUUUCACCCUGGAAGUUAAAGAGAGUCAAGAUGGAAAUAAAUUUGCAGACUUGGUGUUGCAGAAGCCACUUGAUCGGGAAAGAGAACAGGCCUUCUGCUUGGUUCUUACAGCUACAGAUGGGGGUGAACCAAGAAAAACGGGUACUGCAGAGAUAUGCAUCAAUAUCACUGAUGCCAAUGACAACCCACCCAUCUUCACUCAAGAGGUCUACAGGGUCAGUUUGAGAGAAAAUGCUCCUGUUAACUCCCUUGUACUCAAUGUCCUUGCAACUGACAAUGAUGAAGGUUCCAAUGCCCAGAUCAAGUACCAUUUCAACCAUGUCCCAGUGAAUGCUGACAAUAAAUUCAGCCUGGAUACAACCAAUGGCUCCAUUACUCUUACAGGGACAUUGGACUUUGAGGAAGCUGAGGAAUACACCUUGACUAUUGCAGCAAAAGAUGGGGGUGGAUUAGAGACCCAGUGCAAAAUUGAAAUAAGGGUGGUUGAUGAGAAUGACAAUGCCCCAGAAGUGACUCUGGUUUCUUUGUUCAGUCCAGUCCCCGAAGAUUCAAUUUCUGGAACCUUAAUUGCUCUGAUCAAUGUGCAUGACAGAGAUAUUGGUGAUAAUGGAAAAGUAACAUGCACACUACAAAAUGAUUUGCCCUUUAACAUUCUUCCAUCUUCUAAUAAUUACUACAAAGUCCAGACAGACAGUCCCUUAGAUCGAGAAAAAAAAUCUGAAUAUAAUAUUACAAUCAUAGCCAUUGACAAAGGGAUCCCCCCUCUCUCCACGAAAAAAAUAAUUUCACUGCAGAUCUCUGAUGUCAAUGACAAUUCCCCCACUUUUGAGAAGCCAUCCUACAGCAUCUAUGUGCCAGAAAACAAUCCUUCUGGGGCUUCCAUUUUUAGUCUCAAUGCUUUAGAUCCAGACAUGGACCAAAAUGCACGAAUCACAUAUUCCAUCCUCCACAGCAACAUCGAGGAGCUCCCCAUCUCUUCCUACAUCUCCAUUAAUUCUGAGACUGGAGCUCUCUAUGCCCAGAGGUCCUUUGACUAUGAGCAGUUCAGAGAGUUUCAGCUGCAAGUGAAGGCCCAAGAUGGUGGUUCUCCCCCUCUCAGCAGCAACGUCACCGUGAGGGUGUUCAUUCUGGAUCGGAACGAUAACAGCCCACGGAUCCUGUCCCCUUCCCAAGAAGCCAAAGGCUCGGCCUUGUUUGAGAUGGUGCCUCGUUCGGCUGAGGCAGGAUAUCUGGUGACCAAGGUGGUGGCCGUGGAUGCUGAUUCUGGACACAACGCCUGGCUUUCCUACCAUAUUAUUCAAGCCACUGAACUGGCAUUCUUCACCGUUGGCUCUCAUACUGGUGAGAUCAGGACAGCGAGGGCGUUUGUGGAGAAAGAUGCUGCAAAACAGAAACUGGUCAUUUUGGUGAAGGAUAACGGGCAGCCGCCUCUCUCGGCCACCGUGAUGCUGAACCUGGUGUUUGCUGAGAACUUUCAAGAGGCCCUUCCAGAAAUGAAAAAUCAAUCCAGCAGCCCUGACUAUCAGUCUGACCUUCAGUUCUACCUGGUGCUGGCCUUGGCUUUGAUGUCGUUCUUGUUCCUCUUGACGGUGAUUCUCGCUGUUCUGAUGAAGCUUCGGCGAUCGGGAAACCCCAAAUUCCUGCAGUGCUUUGCUCCUGUUCCCCACUCAAAGGCUGGUGCCAUCUUCCCUCCAAACUUUGAAGAUGGGACUUUGCCGUAUUCCUACCAGCUGUGCCUGUCCUCAGAAUCCAGGAAGAAUGAGGUCACUUUUCUCUCCCCCAAUGUUCAGAUUGCGGGCAAUGUUCUUGGUAAUGACAACUUUGGUGUGCCUUUGACAGGCAGUGAACAAAACAAUUUACAUUUGGAAGUGGAGAAUACUGAAAAGGUAAGUUGUCUUCACAGGAAUUAUUUGCAUUGUAGAUUUCAUUAUCUUUUACUAUAUAUGUAA